UUUCGGCAGCGGGAGAAGGAAAAGGUGACCGCAGAACCCGGACUUUCUCGGAGCGCCGGGGCCCGAGGAGUGCUCGCGGCUCGCUGUUCCUGCGCUUCUCACGUCGGACCGACUCUGCUGACAGGAGAUUUGUCAUUGGACUUAAGGCCACUCUAAUCCAGGAUGAUCUCAUCUCAAGAUCCUUCGCUUACUUACACCUGCAAAAAGCCCCUUUUCCAAAUAAGACCCUGACUUGUUGGAUGAGCAGGCCCCCCUGGAAGAGUCAGCUGUGUGAGAUGGUGCAGCCCAGCGGCGGCCCGGCAGGGGACCAGGACGUGCUGGGUGAAGAGUCUUCUCUGGGGAAGCCAGCUAUGCCCCACCUACCUUCUGAGCAGGGCACUCCUGAGACCUUCCAACGCUGUGUGGAGGAGAAUCAAGAGCUCCGAGAUGCCAUCCGGCAGAGCAACCAGAUGCUUCGGGAGCGCUGUGAGGAGCUGCAGCGUUUCCAAGGCAGCCAGAGGAAGGAGAAGGAGUUCCUCAUGCAGAAAUUCCAGGAAGCCAGGAAACUGGUGGAGAGACUGAGCCUGGAGAAGCUUGACCUGAGGAGGCAGAGGGAGCAGGCCCUGCAAGAGGUGGAACAUCUGAAGAGAUGCCAGAAGCAGUUGGCUGAGGACAAGGCGUCAGUGAAAGCCCAGGUGACGUCCUUGCUGGGGGAGCUCCAAGAGAGCCAGAGUCGCUUGGAGGCCGCCAUCAAAGAGCGGCAGGCUUUGGAGGGCAGGGCCCGGGCUGCCAGCGAGCAGGCCCGGCAGCUGGAGAGCGAGCGGGAGGCCCUGCAGCAGCAGCACAGCGUGCAGGUGGACCAGCUGCGCAUGCAGAGCCAGAGCGUGGAGGCCGCGCUGCGCAUGGAGCGCCAGGCCGCCUCGGAGGAGAAGCGGAAGCUGGCGCAGCUACAGGUGGCCUAUCACCAGCUCUUCCAGGAGUACGACAGCCACAUCAAGAGCAGCGUGGUGAGCAGCGAGCGGAACCGAGGACUGCAGCUGGAGGACCUGAAGCAGCAGCUGCAACAGGCCGAGGAGGCCCUGGUGGCCAAGCAGGAAGUGAUUGACAAGCUGAAGGAAGAGGCCGAGCAGCACAAGAUAGUGAUGGAGACCGUUCCGGUGCUAAAAGCCCAGGCGGACAUCUACAAGGCCGACUUCCAGGCCGAGAGGCAGGCCCGAGAGAAGCUGGCCGAGAAGAAGGAGAUUCUGCAGGAGCAGCUGGCCCAGCUGCAGCGGGACUACAGCCGCCUGAAGGCCAGCUGCCAGGAGUCCGCCAGGAUUGAAGAUAUGAGGAAGCGGCACGUGGAGGCCUCCCAGGCCCCCGUAGCCCCUGCCCCAGCUCACCCCUCUUUCCACCUGGCCCUGCCCAACCAGAGGAGAAGCCCCCCCGAGGAGCCGCCUGACUUCUGUUGCCCCAAGUGCCAGUAUCAGGCUCCCGAUAUGGACACCCUGCAGAUACAUGUCAUGGAGUGCAUCGAGUAGGGCCGCCUGUUGACGAGUAGCACGGGGCCGCACGGUGCGUGCUGUCCUGCGCGCCCGGUCCUCGGUUACGGGCUGGCUGACACGGAGCGGGCCGCCUCUUUGAGCACCAAGGGCUAGCUCGAGGACCUCACGCUUCAGCUCCCCCAUCUGCUGGCUUGGCUCAGUUAGGGUACCUGCGACCCCAGUUAGGCCCGAUGCUCUGCUGUUUUUGUUUGUUCUGUCUGCUUGAACUGCCUGCCUCUAGGGGCUCUGUCUUUUUCCACCUCCUCUGGGGAAGUUGAGAAUCAAGGCCAGGGCUCUCAGAGAGAACUUCUUAAGCCGAGAUGGGCAGAAGCCCUUCCCCGCGCCCGCCCCCCCCCCCCAGCUCCAGCACACCGUGGCGCCAGCGCUCUCGCGGGCUGCGUGCCAUUCCGUUUGGAGGCUGCACCGUGCGUGAUCCAAGCAGUCCGCUGCUGACGAACAUGUGGGUUGUGGCCGCUCUUUUAUUGUCACCGAGAAUGCUACAGCGAACAGCCGUGUGCAUCAGUUACGCGUAUCUCUGGGGCAGAUUGUUAGAGGCAGUGGCAUUGAGCCCGUGCACACGGGGUGGGUGGUGUCAGGGUGCUGCCCCCACUUCCUCGUAGCCUUGCCCAUCUGUCAGGCGUGGGGUUGUCUGUUAAGGGUGGGUUUGAGCAUCUUUGUGGAGCUUGAAGGAUCCUCUCCAGGUCUUCUGGUGGUAAUGGCUCGUUUGUACUUUUUGCCCGCUUUUCUACCGGUCAUAAGCGGGAUCAGCUCUCGAGUGCGGUAGACGUUGCGAUGAUCCUCUCCUACCCUGACUUUGUACCAGCGUGUCGUGGGUCUGAACUUUGUUAUCUUUCAUACUCACGUCUCUCCACCUGUCCUGCACCGCUUUGGGUUUGCCGUUGCGAGCAGCUCCCGGUCGGACGGGGAGCCGCUUCCCACGUGUCCACUUUUCCUUUCCCUUUCCUUGCACCGCAGCGUGCUCUUGCCCUCCCCGGGCGCGUCGCUGCCCUGUGUGAGCAGUGGUGCUUGUGAAGGGAGGCCACUAGGCAGUGAUUGGCAGAUCGUGAACGCUGGAGCACUCCUUAUCGUUGCUUUGUAAGAUGCUGGACGUUUCCUUGGAUGUCAAAGCCACGGGCGUUAACCCUGCAGUUGUCAGGAAAGAAUGUUGGAAGUGGAGGGAGAAUGUCCUACGCUCCCCGGGCCCUCCUCUGUUCUCCCCUGACUGGGAGCGGGCUGUUGCUGAAGACAAGCCUGGCCCAGGGCUUGGGUGGCGCUUGCGGGAGCAGGGGUGCCUUUUCCAUUGCCCAAAGCCCAAGUGUCUAAUUGCACGUGAUUAUACUUGGGGAAAAUGUUAAAGGCCCGGACAGGCCCCCCCCACCUCUCACCUGCUACAUUCAGUCCUGAUCCUGCGAUUUUUCUGUAAGAGCACUUUUAGUUUGCGGGGGGUGGGUAUUAAAUUCCCGUGGCCCCUGUGACAAGAGACCAAUGUGGUGGCUUAAAACAACAGGAAUUCAUUCUUUCGUGGUUGUGGAAGUCAGAAGUCUGAAAUCUGGGUGACGGUGACAGCAGGGGUGGGAAAAUCAGUUUCAGGCCUAUCUCCCAGCUUCUGGUGCUUGCCUCCAUGGUUACAUGGCCUCUUCUUUUUUCCGACCGUGUCAUCUUUUCUGUCUCUUACAAGGACACCCGUCACUGGACGUAGGGCCCACCUACAUCAUAUCCACGAUGAGCUCACUUCGAGGUCGUUGUCUUCAUUACAUCCACAGGGACUCUUUUUUCCAGAUAAGGUCGUAAUCACAAAUUCUGGGGAUUAUGACAUGCAUCCAUCUUUUGGGCCACCAUCGAGCCCAGCACAGGGCUGUCUUCUACAGCGCACAGACUAGGACAAAUGGAGUUGAAGCCAGAUGUCUUCAGCGCUGGCGGCUCCGUUGGGCGGGCUCCGUUCCUCGGGAUGAUGGUGGCUGCAGAGGCACGUGACUGGUUGGGUGUGGGGCACGUCCUUGCAGGUGGGAAUGUCGCUCUUUACGGCAUCGUGUGUCCAGCUGGACACCGCGCCAGGGCCGGCAGACACGGGCGGGGAGAGGAGGGGGAGGCUGCGGGACAGAGCCGAGGGAGCGGCCCGCGCCCUGGGCCCCAGCUACCGUCUGGGUAGGGACGGGCUUCCUGCUUUGUCGGGGUAGCGAACACAGGCAUGGGGAGCCCCUCUGUGACCGGCCCUGUCUUCUGAAAGGGAGUUGAGAGGAAGGGGAUGAGACCCGGCAGUAGUGAGAGGCAGAUGUUCGCGUCCCGGGACCUUGCCUCGGGUUCUGGCAGCGUCACCCGCAUGGCCACGCGCCCGUAUGGCCACUGUACGUUAGACCCCAAGGAUUGAAAGCACACCAUUCACUCAGGAGUGAGGGGCUUCUGCUUUCUUCUCUGGCUUUCCUGAGAUUGGGCUUCUAGAAUAAGUGGUUAGAUCCCUCCUGUGAGGGAAGCGGCCUGCCUACCUAAUUACCGUGCCCCUUGACCCUCACGACCCUGGGUUCGGGAGACAAAGACCGAGCUAGAAGCGCAUCCCGCCGAAACCCGUGUCCUUCCUUGUUGCUCACACUUGAGUGUGUGGCUACGUGCCGGUCAGUGCUGAAGAGACCUCCAGGUGACCAAUAAAACGAGCACAGUGAGAAAGCGUUUCUCCUUCACUAGUCUAAAACACACAGUCCACCUCGACAAAAAGUGAUGUCAAACCGGCAACACAUGAAGACCUUGGGUGUCCUGCGGGCAAAGUGCACGGCCGGCCCCCUGCCGGGGCCUGGUUUGGCAGGCUGGAACCCGCACUUAGGAAGCAGCCUCAGCCCGCUCCACCGGAAGCGGAAGCGACAGCCGGGUGCACACAGCGACUCUGGCAUCGCAGGGGCGCUCACCGUGCCAUCCUUUGUAGCUGUGCUUGGGGACUGUGUUGUGAACAUCUGGCCACGUGGAACACUCUGUAGCACGUUGAUGUGAAAAAGCCAGUAGACGAGAUUCUGUACAGAGUGUGACCCCAAUAAAAAAGUAACCUCAGCUGGUGCA